AUGGGUGCAAUCAUAUCUUUACCUAUUACCAUGGGCACAACAUUUGCCGCAUCCUGUCUUGGAGGAUGUUGCUCGAAUCUAUUAUCUAAGACCUUAUCAUCUCUGAGCUCUAGCUCAUUAGGAACAAGAUUAAUAUAUGCCAGUUGGCUGCUUUUAAAUUCGCUGAUAUCGUGGAUCUCUAUGUCAGCUAAUAAAUCAUUUCUAUGGCCGGGGAAGACCUGUACGGACACAGGUGAAUGUGGGUUCUUUACAGUACACCGAUUAAACUUUGCCCUUGGGUUAAUCCAUGUAAUAAUGGGUGGCAUACUGAUAGGUGUGAAGUCAACUAAAGAAAAAAGAUCAGAGUUGCAAAAUUCAUGGUGGAGUCUCAAGUUCAUUAUUUACUUGAUGCUUGUAGUGGUAUCAUUCCUAUUACCAAACAAUUUUUAUGUGUUCUUUUCUAAAUGGGUAUCCGUACCAAGUGGGGCAGUUUUUAUAUUGAUUGGUCUAAUUUUGUUAGUUGACUUUGCUCAUGAAUGGGCAGAAACAUGCAUAUACCAUGUGGAGAUUGACGAUGAAAAUUCACCCUUUUGGAAGAAGUUCUUAGUGAUCGGAACAUCUGCAAUGUAUACUGCAUCUUUGGCAAUGACUAUUGUCAUGUAUGUUUUGUUCUGCCAAAAUCAUUGUUCGAUGAAUCAAACGGCCGUAACUGUUAAUUUGGUAUUGACAUGUUUAACUUUAAUAACAUCUAUUCAUCCAAAAAUUCAAGAAGCUAAUCCAAAAUCCGGUUUAGCGCAAAGUAGCAUGGUGUCGGUAUAUUGUACGUAUUUAACAAUGAGUGCUAUGGCUUCAGAACCAGAUGACAAAUAUUGCAACCCAUUGGUAAGAUCAAGUGGGACUCGUAACGCAAGUAUUAUCCUUGGUUCCGUGUUCACCUUUAUUGCUGUGGCAUAUACUACGACAAGAGCAGCAGCCAAUAGCGCAUUUCAGGGAACUUCCUCUAAUGGUGAAAUAUAUUUACCAGACGAUGGUGGUUAUGAUGGUCUAGAAGGUCAAUCAAGACAUCAACUUCGUUAUGAAGCUAUCAAACAAGCUGUUGAUGAGGGUUCGUUACCUGAAAGUGCACUUUAUGAUUCGCCAUGGAUGAAUGCUAAUCCAAAUAGCUCAAGGGAUGAUAAUGAUAUGGAUGAUGAUGAAUAUGAAGGAACGCAAUAUAAUUAUUCAUUAUUCCAUUUUAUAUUUUUCUUAGCUACCCAAUGGAUUGCUAUAUUAUUAACUAUUAAUGUGGGACAAGAUGAUGUAGGAGAUUUUAUACCUGUAGGUAGAACAUAUUUCUAUUCCUGGGUUAAAAUUGUGAGUGCAUGGAUAUGCUAUGUUUUAUAUAAUUGGACACUAGCUGCACCUGUCUUAAUUGAUGGUUUUGGCGCCGAUGAUUAUUGA